UUUGUAUUUUAAACACAUGAUUCACGGAGGGGGAAAGGUUUGCGUUGACUAACAUCAAGAUGUCAUCAAGGAGCAGCUAUAGUCGUUUCUUACUUGUGACAGUUAUGCUAAUUGUUUCCGUACAUUGUGAGUUUCAUACUUUGGCACAUUUAAAACCUCAAGCAAACGACAAGACUCAGGGAAGAGCAGUAGUCGAACUUCUCAAACGUCUUAUGGGAAGCAGAUCUCGAGAGUUCAUUGUAUUAGUCAAUAGAUCUCUUUCCAAUGACAGUCUGGAUGUGUGCGAGCUCAGAUCUGCUAAAAACAAUAAAAUCGUUGCUACAGGCAGCACGGGUGUUGCUGUUGCUUCUGGAAUCUACAACUACUUGAAAUAUUUUUGUAACUGUCACGUAUCCUGGUCAGGUAACCAGUUAAAUAUUCCACAUCCUCUGCCCCAGCUCACCGGCGUUCUGCGCAUCAGCACUCAGCACAGAUUCCGGUACUACCAAAAUGUAUGUACUGUGAGCUACUCCACUGUGUGGUGGGACUGGCCACGAUGGCAAAGGGAAAUCGACUGGAUGGCACUUAAUGGCAUCAAUCUUCCAUUGGCAUUUACUGGACAGGAGGCCUUAUGGCAAGAGGUGUACCAAUCGCUGGGUUUGAACCAGACUGAAAUCGACCACUUCUUCUCUGGUCCUGCUUUCCUCGCUUGGAACCGUAUGGGGAAUCUGUUCCAGUGGGGUGGACCCAUACCACAGUCCUGGCACGUGAAGCAGCUCUACCUCCAAUUUAAAAUCCUAGAGCGAAUGAGGUCCUUUGGUAUGAUUCCUGUCCUACCUGCCUUCUCAGGGAACGUGCCUCAGGGCAUCACCAGGUUGUUUCCGACUGCAAAUGUGACCAAACUAGGGCCCUGGAGUCAUUUCAACUGCAGCUACUCUUGUGCCCACAUCUUGGAUCCCCGUGAUCCCCUUUUUCUUCAAAUUGGCUCUUUGUUCUUGUCGCAAGUCAUGAAGCAGUUUGGGACAGAUCACAUAUACAAUACAGACACCUUCAAUGAGAUGACUCCACCCUCUUCUGACCCCACCUAUCUGUCCGCCGUCAGCCGUUCUGUAUUUGCUUCUAUGACCUCAGUGGAUCCCCAAGCCAUUUGGCUCAUGCAGGGCUGGCUAUUCUUCAGUGACGCAUCAUUCUGGAAACCUUCCCAGAUUCAGGCCCUUCUGAAUGGGGUGCCAAUUGGACGGAUGAUAGUACUGGACUUGUUUGCGGAAUCCACGCCAAUUUUUUCCUACACCAAGUCCUUCUUCGGCCAACCGUUCAUUUGGUGCAUGCUCAACAACUUUGGAGGCAACAGCGGGCUAUUUGGCACAGUGGACCGCAUAAACUUUGGGCCGUUCGAAGCCCUCAACUUCCCCAACUCCACUCUGGUUGGUCUCGGUCUGACACCUGAGGGCAUUGAGCAGAACCCUGUAGUCUACGAGCUGAUGAGCGAACUGGCUUGGCGCAAACAGCCCGUCAACCUGGCCAAGUGGGUGUCACUGUACGCAACCCGUCGCUAUGGCAGCACUCAUGAGAACCUGGCGGUUGCUUGGAAGCUCCUCUUCAGAAGCAUCUACAACUGCACUGUCCCAAACUACAGGAACCAUAACCACAGUCCAUUGGUGCGCCGGCCUUCAUUACGCAUGAACACAGAAGUUUGGUAUAACCGUACGGACCUCUACGAGGCCUGGAGACUGCUGUAUCAGGCUGCACCCCCCCUUAUGACCAAGGAGACGUUUCGAUAUGAUCUGGUGGACAUUACCAGACAGGCCUUGGAGGUCCUCACCACAGAGUUCUAUAUCGAUAUACGAAACGCCUAUCAGGGUCAGAAGUUGCCGGAACUACUUACAGCUGGUGGUGUUCUGGUGUACGACCUACUCCCAGAGCUGGACCGCCUUCUAUCAAGUGACAGUAACUUCUUGCUUGGAACAUGGCUGGAACGAGCACGCUCCCUGGCCCUGAAUGAAGCUGAAGCACAGCUUUAUGACAUGAAUGCUAGGAACCAGAUCACCCUUUGGGGUCCUGAUGGCAACAUACUGGACUAUGCUAACAAAGAGUGGGGUGGUCUGAUGGAGGACUACUAUUCCCAGCGCUGGAGUCUGUUUGUCAACACCUUAGUGGAGUGCCUGGACAGGGGAAGACCCUUCAGACAAGAUUCUUUUAACAAGGCUGUCUUCCAGGUUGAGAAAGGCUUUGUUUUCAAUGGCAGGAAAUACCCAUCCAAACCUCAAGGGGAUACCUAUGAGAUUGCUACCAGAAUAUUCCUCAAAUAUUACCCACAGGCCUUGAAAAGACUUUUGUGAGUUUACAGUCAGACUAUCUCAUCUAGUCACAGCAAGAAGAAUGUCUCCCCUCCUCCCAAUAGGUCUGCAGUGGAAAUGCAUCAUAGAAGGACAGUCUCUUGACUUUUAAGCAGGUCGUACACAUCACUAUGAGGAAGUGUCACAAAUCACAAUAGGCCGUCACAAUAUUGACUAACUCGUUAGGUUGCACAUUGUCCUGGAGAGUUUUUGGAAAUACAGUUGCAAAAAAGAGUGGGAAACCUUUUAAAUGAAUCACCUUUUCUUUUUUUACUUUAAAGCCUACAUUUAACACUUCUAGAUUUGUUUCUUGCCCAACUACACAGAAUGCACCAUAUUAACAAACAUUUGAAAAUAUCUGGUAUAAAAAAAGAUCAUUCUAAGUUAAUUCAAACAUUUUAUUUCAGACUCACAAGAGCAUAGCAACACGUGCAUAAAUGUGAACCUCUGAGGAAAUCUACAUUACAGUAGUUAUGUUUGGUACUUGGCUAAACAUUUAUUGCAUACAUUGACAUCUUGGCAUUCUUUGAUUCAAUCAUGACACAAUUACCCCUGGUAUCUAAUGUUGAGCUGUCACUCUUUCAAGCUGAUACUACAUUGUGAAACUACACCCAUGAAACAUUUGAAUGUAUCGAGACUCUGCUCUUAAUUAUUCUACAGACUGUAUGGGAUACUUGGUUAAUUAAAAAGGUGAAUUAUAUUAAAGGUUUCUUACGUUUUUGUGUUUUCAGGACCAAAUGUCAAUACUUAGCCUAUACUAUUUCGCUGCCAUCCUUUUGAUAUUGGUCUAUGACUAUGUUCAUAAGAAACUCCUGAAAUGUACAUAGGUGUCAAUAUGCAAUUUGAUGUUGUAGUUUUUUGUUGUUUCGGCAUAUCGGCAAAUGACUUGUAAAUAAAUGUUUUCCAUCUCAGUUUUUUGUAACUAAAACCUUCUAAUGUGUAGUUUUAAAUGUGGGAAAUGUUAUAUUGAACUACAAUCUAAUGUAUGUUUUGUGGUAGACACUAUAUUUACACAAUACAAUAUAUCUGUCAAUGACUUCAACACAACUAGAAAAGGUACUGUGUGCAAUGGGAUGUGCAAAUCAGAACAAUUAUUUUGAAUAAAUGCUAUUUUUGUAUUUUGGUA